AUGGGAUCUGAACUGGGUGUCACGCCCGACAGCAAGCCUAGACCCAAUGUCGACGCCGUCGGCAUCUGGUGGGCUUGCUGGGCUGGCAUCUGGACAGCCAUUGUCGUGUGUGGCAUGGCAUUCCUCAUCAGAAAACGCCAUCUGCCCAUGAUACGCAUGCGUGGCCUGGGACUUUCCCUGACGGCCAUUACCUUGCUGCAUCUAUACUGGAUCAGCGGACAACUCGGAUACAUUAUCGGUGCCAUGGCGCCUCCCGACGCCGAGUACUGGAUCAUGGGCACGUACUUUCCUUUUGGCAUCGCGUUGUUCCACGCGUCAAACACGCGCUUCCUGCACGUUGCCAAGAGACAGGAGAAGUUUGCGACCAACGGUAACAGCAGAAGCAGCAGCGGCGGCGGCGGCAUGAAGCAAAAGGCAGGUCCUGGGCUUAUCAACAAGUUGAGGCGGCUCGACUACACGUCAAAGAUGCUUAUUCUCGUGAGUAUCGGAAUGCUCUUUCAGCUUUUUCUCACCAUCUUCAUGUAUUUGAUUUCUCGAAAAUUCCACCCUUCUUUCGGUAUUCCCGGCACAGAAGUCGGCGGCACGGAAAUGGAGCGCAAGGCGGCCAUGGGCCGCGGAUGGGAAUGGUGGCCGACGUGCUUCUGGCAGCUCACCUGGGCCUGGGUCAUUGCUCCUAUUAUCCUAUGGAAGUCUCGCCAUAUCAAAGAUACACACGGCUGGCGACUCCAAACGAUUGGCUGCACAAUUGCAAACUUGCCCGCCACGCCAAUGUGGAUUAUUGCCAUGUACGUUCCUGCAAUGGAGGCCGUAAACAAGUACUUUGUUCCGCCUCAAUGGAUCUGCUUGGCCAUAAUCUUCAUGGAGAUUUUCACCAUUUUUGUGCCUUGUUGGGAGAUUUUGCGUUGCCAGCGCCUGCAAAAGGAGACACUCAAUCACAUUGCGCAAUGGGAGUCCAAGAAUCGCGGCAAAGCUGUCAAGGGCGUCAGAUCGCUCGCGUCUUCCGGAGACAGUACCAUUGUCGAAUCCAUUCUCACCGGCCGCAAGUCUGCUGCUGGAUCAUACAGCUCCAGCUCCGACGAGAGUAUCCUGACAAUGAGCGCUCUGGAGUAUGUCCUGGAGCGCAAUCCCAUUCCUCUGCAGCAGUAUUCUGCGCUGCGCGAAUUCUCGGGCGAGAACAUUGCUUUUCUCACCAGUGUUUCCGAGUGGAAGUCUUCGUUUCCCAGCUCCAUCCGCACCUCGCAGUACCCCAGCAGCGACACCAACAUGCGCGAGCUUGUCCGCGAACGUUUUAAUCGAGCUCUGCGCAUCUACGCGCAGUUUGUCAGCCGCCAAGAUGCAGAAUUCCCAAUCAACAUCUCGUCCAUGCAGCAAAAGAAGCUGGCAGCCGUUUUUGAGGCACCGACCCGGCUUCUGUACGGAGAGAAGCGUACCCUUGACUCUGCCACACCGUUUGGUGUUGACUGGGAGAAAGCCACACAGCCAGAGACGGCGCUGGAGUCAUUGUCUUUGGAGACUGUGUGCGUCGAGGACCGUGUGCAGUACUGGGGCGAGGUUCCUGACGCAUUCAAUGAGACAAUCUUUGAUGAUGCGGAGCAAAGCAUCAAGUAUCUCGUCCUGACAAACACAUGGCCAAAAUUUGUUCGACACCGUCAGGCAUCUACAAUCUCCGAGGAUGAUGUGGGCACUCGCCAUGAUACCGCACGGCUGGACCGAGAAAACCGAGGUAGAUAG